AUGAAGUACACUAUUCUUGCCAUUGUCUCUGCUGUGACCGUUCUGGCCAGCCCAUCUCCGGUCCCAACUCCACCAAACAUCCCAUCCGCCUCUACUGCUCAGUCUCUCCUUUCUGGCCUCACUGUCGCCCCCCAGGGCCCUCAGGACGGCUACAGCCGUGACAAGUUUCCACACUGGAUCACCAUCUCUGGUACUUGCAACACCCGUGAGACCGUCCUCCGCCGUGAUGGUACCAACGUGCAGGUUGACAGCAGCUGUGCCGCUAUUUCGGGCUCCUGGUUCAGCCCCUACGAUGGUGCUACCUGGACUGCUGCUAGCGAUGUUGAUAUCGACCAUGUUGUCCCAUUGAGCAAUGCCUGGAAGUCUGGUGCUGCUUCCUGGACCACUGCUCAACGACAGGGUUUUGCUAACGACCUGUCCAACCCUCAGUUGAUUGCCGUUACCGACAAUGUCAACCAGGCUAAGGGUGACAAAGGCCCAGAGGAAUGGAAGCCUCCACUCCAGUCCUACUGGUGCACUUACUCCCGCAUGUGGAUCAAGGUCAAGUCCGUCUACCACCUGACCGUUACCAGCGCCGAGAAGUCCGCCCUUACUUCUAUGCUGAACACCUGUUAA